AUGACUUCAUUGUUACAUGAUGUUGACAUACCUACCAAACAAGCUACGUUUGCUAUGGCUUGUUUCUGGUCUCCAGAUUGCAUUUUUGGUGUUCAAAACGGCGUCAUAAGAACACGAGUGGGUUAUAGUGGUGGCACAGCACAAAAUCCAACAUACCGGAAACUAGGAGACCAUACCGAGUCAAUCCUGAUCGAUUACAAUCCCAAUGCAAUUCAAUACGAAGAAUUACUCGAUAUUUUCUGGAAGAAUCACGACCCAACUUCUAAGAUGAAGAGACAAUACACUUCGUUGAUUUUUUACCACGACGAAGAACAGAAACAAAUCGCUGAAAAAUCAUUCAAAGAAAAAGAAAAUGAAGUUGGUCAACCUCUAGUGACUGAAAUCUUACCAGCCAGCACAUUCUACGAUGCUGAAGAUUAUCAUCAAAAAUACAGAUUGCAACAGCAUCCUUGGCUUUGCAAGGCAGUAGGCUUGCAAUCUGGAACUGAUUUUAAACGAUCUCAUUUAGCUGCUAGAUUGAAUGGUUAUGUUUAUGGACAAGGCAACCUCAAAGGUUUCAACGAAGAAGUUGAGAAUCUCGGUUUAAAUGAAAGUGUGGCUGAUUUUGUUCGGACAUUGAUAAUCAAGAACGAGGGACAAGGAUUGACUUGUUAAAUAGUUUCAUAUAUUUCGCAUCACAUUUUUACAUCAUUCAUCGUCGUGUCUCCAUAUUUAAAUAAAUAUUUUGUAAUUUUAA